GAGAGUGAGCUGCGGGCGCGGAAGGCCCAUUCUCGGCGGUCCGUGCUCGAGUCGUGGUCGAGGCGAUUGGCCAACCCCACGUGGGGGCUACGGACCGUCGAGGCGGUUUACCCGGUCUUUGAUGACUGGGUGAAUCGUGGCGAGGGACGUCUCACCUUUCGUCUGGUGCAGGUGCUGACCGGGCACGGAUGCUUCGGGAAGUACCUGCGCCGGAUAGGGGCUGAGCCGACGACGAGGUGUCACCAUUGUGGACACGACCUGGACACGGCGGAGCAUACGCUCGCUGUCUGCCCCGCUUGGGAGGUGCAGCGCCGUGUCCUGGUCGCAAAGAUAGGACCUGACUUGUCGCUGCCUGGCGUCGUGGCGUCGAUGCUUGGCAGCGAUGAGUCAUGGAAGGCUAUGCUUGACUUCUGCGAGUGCACCAUCUCGCAGAAGGAGGCGGCGGGGCGAGUGAGGGAAAGCUCUCCUCACUACGCAGAAACCCGCCGCCGCCGAGCAGGGGGUCGGGACCGGGGUCGUAUCCGUGACCUGGCCCCCUAAGAGCUAGGGGUCCCACCCGUUUUGUGCGGGGAGGGACCCAGACGAGGGGUGGCGUGCUCUGCACGCUCACCCGCAAUAGGAAGCCGGGUGAUGGUAGACCGCGUUCCCCCGACCGCUCUGGGGGAAGGUGUAACGCGGUGCCAUCAAAGCGGGCUCUCGGCCCGCUGAACGAGGGAACCGGUGGUCGUUUCGCUGGCGGCCACCGGUCCG